CUACGCAUGAGAUUUAUUUAUGCUUGUAGCAGUGUGUGAUAGUUCUUAAUCAAUUGAGAUGAACUCAAUUUUCUACUUGUUGCAUUCCUAUUUUAACAUGGUAUCAGAGACGAAAUCCUGGAAGUAGAGUAUAUCUUUUAGCUACCUUCAUCUUCUUGAGAGUAUUUAGAAAUUACACAUACAUAUACCCUUCUUUCUAAGCCAUGGUUGAUGAUGGCAAAACCGUCGAUACCCGACAUGAACCCGCCGGCAUCGUCAUAGAUUCUAUGUCACCUUAUUUUAUUCAAUCCGGAGAUAAGCCCGGAGAUGUCUAUGUUACCACUCCUCUUCGCGACGGGAAUUACGGCGAUUGGCUCGAUGAAAUGAGCAAUGCCCUCUAUGCGAAGAACAAGUUUGGUUUUGUUAAUGGAGAUAUUCCAAUGCCUAAACCGGAUUCACCAUACCUUCCAUAUUGGCAACGUGCAAAUGCCAUGGUUAAGGCUUGGUUAAACGGUAGCAUGGAGAUUGAGCUUCGCCAAAGCGUCAAGUUCAAAACCGCACGUGAAAUUUGGACCGACUUGGAGGAACGUUUUGGAAAGGAGAGUGCUCCACGAGCCUAUGAACUUCGUUGCUCGCUCAGUGCCGUUAGGCAAGACAAUCAGUCCGUCUCUGCCUACUUUAGUCGAUUGCGCCGAAUUUGGGACGAAAUGGCUUCUAUCAACACCGGCCCAAAUUGUGAUUGUGGAAAGUGUUCUUGUAAUAUUUCUAAGCAGAUCAAUGAGUCCAAGGAUAGGGAUCGACUUUAUGACUUCCUAAUGGGUCUAGAUGAUAUAUACGGACAACUGAAGACCCAAAUUCUAGCUACAAGGCCGAUUCCCACACUCACCGCUGCAUAUCAUCUUAUCUCGGAGAGUGAACAACAUCGGUCUAUUGCAUCCGCUCGCAAACCAAGUGUUGAUGGCAUAGCAUUUCAAGUCCAGGCCAAAGGAGAAAUUGACUUGAACCGACGUCAAAAUUUGAGAGGAAAUCGUUCUUGCUCACACUGUGGGAAGACAAACCACACGUAUGAGCAUUGUUUUGAGUUAAAUGGUUACCCACCUAAUUGGAGCAUUAAAUUAAAAGGCAACAAACAGGGAGAGGGGCGGCAGCAGGAUAUCCGUGGAAACAAAGAGCAACCAAGCUUCCAGUUACGUGGCAGUAACCAAAUACAUCCCCGACCGCGUUUCACAAAUUUUGAGCGUGGCAAUCCGAGGCAAACAAGAGCAGCUCAUGUUGAUUAUGCCAUACCACCGGGACUCUCGGCUGAACAAUUGGAACAGAUUGCUCAAUAUAUAAAAACUGAAAUUAUUGAAAAACCUUCCUCAUCUAGUGCCCAAGCAAAUAUGGCAGGUACAUCAUCAUGUGUCCGCCCUUGGAUAAUUGAUUCCGGAGCGACUGAACACAUCACAUGUGAAGGACUUACCCUCGAAGAAGCUGAUUGGAGUGGGUAAAUUUCGUGAUGGCCUAUAUUAUCUGGAUCCUCCCAAGAGUGUAGGGGUGGCAAUGUCAGUUUCUCUUGAUUUUGAAUUAUGGCAUCGACGCUUAGGACAUGCCUCAGAUGCGAAGCUACAUCAUAUCUCUACUCUUCAGGGACUCCAGAAAAUCAAGAAUAAUUUGUGUGACCCUUGUGUGCGAGCCAAACAGACUCGUCUUCCCUUUCCUACUAGUACAAAUAAAUCUACCCAUUGUUUCGAAUUAAUCCAUUGUGACAUAUGGGGAGGAUACAAAUGUGAUUCUAUUACCGGUGCACGCUAUUUUCU